UAUUUCUCUGUCUCCCUGGUAUGCGAUGAGGGUAUGAGGCUGGAUUGAUUUUCACAAUCAACACACGCGCAUCUCGCAUACUCUCUCCGGACGGGAUAGCUACCGCUUAUCAACGGGGAGGACCAUACAUGGCGAGUAAACUCGGAGCCAACUCGACUCUGAGUCUCGAACGAUUCGCUUGCUGAUCAUCAAGAUCCUCCCUUGACAAGCAAGCUGAGGAUCAUUGAUUUGGCUUAAUUUCGUACUUCGUGAAAGAGUUGGCUUUAUUGAAUUCAAUGAUAAAGUUAGGGUUUUUUUACCUAGGUUCUUUAGAUGGUGGGUAAUUGAGAUGUUCCUUUCUCUGCUGGUUGUUUGAUGGUUUGGAAGUGAAGGGGAAUUUCAUGAGUUUGUUCAAUAGUCUGAAACUAAGGGGUUCUGAUCUGCAUUGAUUCAAUUUUGUGAGGAAAUUGGGUGUUUGACUUGGGAUUAUACAAUAUGGCUGAGGCUGAGGAGUCAUCUGAUACAAUGAACCUUGAUUUGAAUCUGGGUCCUGGACCUGAGGCUGGCUCAGGAUCAAUACCUGGUGAUGCUGUGAAUCUUGAUGAUUGGGUUGGUCAACCCUUUAAUAGAAUUAGAGAGGCUGUUAGGCGUAGAGCUCGACAGCGGGGGCGAUGGCGCCAUGUCCGAAUGUCACCUGAAGCGCAAAACCUGUCAAUAGAAUUGAAUCAAUUGAUAGGUAAUUCUGGCAAUGUGACCACAUUACAUGCAGGUGAGGGCAGUGUUGCUGCUGAGGAAAGAACAACUGAGGUGCCAAAAACGUGCGAAACCAACAAUGGGUUCUUGGAAGAUGAGGUUUCGGAGAAAAAGGAUGAUGUUGAAAAGGGUGUUGGAAAUGACGGGAGCUUUUUUGAUUGCAAUAUAUGUUUGGAUUUGUCUAAGGAUCCCGUUGUAACUUGUUGUGGGCACUUGUUCUGUUGGCCGUGCCUUUAUCGGUGGCUACAUGUGCAUUCGUAUGCGAAGGAGUGUCCUGUCUGCAAGGGAGAGGUGACCAUGAAGAAUGUUACCCCAAUAUAUGGUCGAGGGAGCAAUAAUCAUACCGUUGAGCCAGAGCAGGAUCCAAGUCUUAAAGUUCCUCUUAGGCCCCAUGCAAGACGAGUUGAGAGUUUGAGGCAAACCAUUCAGAGGAAUCCUUUUGGUUUCCCAGUGGAGGAGAUGAUUCGGCGACUUGGAAGUCGAUUUGACCUUGCAAGGGAUUUGACUCCUCCACAGGAUCCCAACAAUACCCGCGAAACUGCAGAACGAACUAAUUCCUUGCUCAACAGGUUUUUGACUUCUAGAGGGAUGCGUACAGAACAAAGUCCUGCUGCCCCACCUGAGGAAGUAGGAGAUUUAAUACAGAGCAGCUCAAGUGUACCUGAGGCAGGGCAACCUUCACGCCUUCAGUCUUUGUUACGUCGAAGAAGCCAAUCACAGUUGCGAAGAGCUACAACAGUCUCAUCUUUGUCCAAUGCUUUGAACUCUGCUGAAAGUUUGGUUGAAGCUUAUUUUCGAAGCAAUGCUGUUGAUAGACAUCAGGAGCAGCCUCAACCAGUUGAUGACAGAGAUUCCUUCUCAAGCAUAGCUGCUGUUAUAAACUCCGAGAGUCAAAUUGACACCGCAAUGGAAAUCGACUCUUUGGUAACCCUUUCGACUUCAUCGUCUAGAAGAAGAAAUGAAGCUUCAAGGAUUUCAGAUGUGGACAGUGGGGAUUCUCGUGCUCCUCGAAGGAGACGGUUGAACUAGCAAGAAUCUGUCUAAAUAAUUUUCAUUCUAGUAUAAUCCAACACCCCCUACCCAAAGUAUGUAGCAUUUGAAUAACAGGCGGAUGCCUCAGUAUGUAUUCAUAUAUUUAUUGGGGCGAUUUACAAGUUUAAAGCUUUUCUGUAGACUACAUAGUUUUAAGUAUCACCAUCCUCAUAUAGGUCUAGAUUUGUAUCUUGUAUUGAUGAUCCACUAUCUCCUCUGUUGGCUACAUUGCUCUGACUUUCUCAUA